AUGGAAGUUGUUCCGCGUGCAAGAACCAGUCACGUCACAGGUCGCUUUGGUGGAAUAAAAGAAACACCAAACGGUCAUCUCAGCUGGGGCUGCCCUGGUGGCGCAGCUGGUAAGGAAUCCGCCCGCAAUGCGGGAGACCUGGGCUCCGUCCCUGGGUUGGGAAGAUCCCCUGGAGAAGGGAAAGGCUGCCCACUCCAGUAUUCCAGCCGGGAGAAUUGCAUGGACUAUGUGGUCUACGGGAUCGCAAAGAGUCGGACACGACUGAGCGACUUUCACUUCACUUCACUUCAUUUCGUCUCAGCUGACACGGAAAAAGCAACACUCUUUCACAAUUUAAAAAAAAAACAACAAAACUCACCAAAUUUGGAAUGGAAGGAAACUUCUUCAAUCUGA